AUGCAAACACCAGGCAGCAAAAUGGGAACUCCCUUGACACCAUUGUUGUACCUCUGCCUACUGCUGGUGCCAUGCCUUCUUCUCUUGCAAGAAGCACAUGCGGCGCGCCAUGGAGGGAUCUCACUGAGGUCUCAACACAUGGCCCUCCUCCACUGGAAAGCUACACUCGCGAGCCCACCGCUGCAGAUGAGCUCUUGGCAUGAAAACACCAGCCCAUGCAACUGGACAGGCAUCAUGUGCACUGCUGUUCGCCAUGGCCGCCGCAUGCCCUGGGUGGUGACCAACAUCUCCCUACCAGAUGCUGGCAUCCAUGGCACUCUUGGUGAGCUCAACUUCUCGGCUCUUCCAUUCCUCGCAUAUAUUGACCUUCAGAACAACACUCUCCAUGGUGCACUACCGCCUAGUAUCAACUCCUUGUCAGCACUUUCAGUACUUAGCCUUCCCUACAACCAGCUCACAGGGAAAAUUCCUUGUGAGAUUGGUGACCUGCAAAGUCUCAUGUUACUUGAUCUCUCAUUCAACAGACUCACAGGACAUAUCCCUUCAUCUCUGGGCAACCUAACAAUGUUAACUGAUCUUGUCAUUCACCAAAACAUGGUAUCAGGUCCCAUUCCCGAGAAGAUUGGAAGUCUUGUCAACCUACAACUUCUACAGCUAAGCAAUAGCACCUUAAGUGGUUUGAUACCAAAAACCCUUGGAAAUCUGACCCAACUAAAUACUUUAGCCCUAUUUGGUAAUCAACUUUCAGGGCCUAUACCCCAAGAACUAGGAAGGCUAGUCCAUUUGCAAAUUCUUCAACUUGAGUCAAAUGAUCUUUCAGGUCCAAUUCCAAUCUCCAUAACUAAUCUUACUAAGAUGAACCAACUUUUUCUCUAUAAAAAUCAAGUCACAGGUCCAAUACCUUUAGAAUUGGGCAUCUUGCUGAAUCUCCAAGAAUUAGACUUGUCUAACAACCAAAUAUCUGGUUCUAUUCCUGACAGCAUAGGAAACAUAACCAAGCUAGCACUACUACACCUCUUUGAUAAUCAGAUAACAGGUUCCAUCCCCAACGAGAUUGGCAAUCUGGUGAACCUCGAAGAUUUAAACUUGUCUCAGAACCAAAUUUCGGGAUCAAUACCGAAAACUUGUGGGAAAUUGCAAAGCAUCCAAGAAAUACAAAUCUUUAGUAACAAAUUAUCAGGUUCUCUUCCUCAAGAGUUUGGAGAUCUCAUAAACCUUCUUAACCUUGGGUUGUCUAACAACUCACUUUCAGGACCUUUACCUGCAAAUAUAAUUUCAGGCAGCAAACUUCAAUAUCUCGGUGUCUCUCAUAAUAUGUUCAAUGGACCCAUUCCAAGGAGUUUAAAGACAUGUACGAGUUUGACUAAAAUUGACCUUUUGUCGAACCAACUAACAGGAGAUAUAUCUCAGCAUUUUGGUGUAUAUCCACAACUCAUACAGAUGAGCUUGGCAUCGAAUAGACUGUGUGGGCAGAUCCCACCAAAUCUAGGUGCAUCUACCCGACUAACAAUACUAAAUCUAGCAAAAAAUAUGCUCACAGGUUCCAUACCUCCAAUCCUUUAUAAAUUGUCCAACCUAGAAAAACUAAGACUCGAUUAUAAUCAUCUCAGCGGUGAGAUUCCACCAGAAAUCAGGAGUUUAACUAAUAUAUAUAGCCUGAACUUAUCAUGGAACCAAUUAUCCGGAUCCAUACCUACACAGAUAGAAAAGCUAAACAAUUUAGGAUACCUUGAUAUAUCUGGGAACAAACUGAGUGGAUCAAUGCCUGAGGAAAUAGGGGCAUGUACAAAACUACAGUCCUUAAAGAUCAACAACAACAAGUUUAGUGGGAGUUUGCCUGGUACAAUUGGAAAUUUAGCAAGCCUGCAGAUCAUGUUAGAUGUGAGCAACAAUAACCUCAGUGGUGUGUUGCCGCAGCAACUUGGGAAGUUGGAGAUGCUAGAAUUUCUGAAUUUAUCACAUAAUCAGUUCAGUGGCAGCAUUCCAUCCUCCUUGGCAAGGAUGGUGAGCCUUUCAACACUCGAUGUGUCCUACAACGACCUGGAAUGA